GGCACCAUUGGAUGAAUGAGGUUGUCUAUAUGCUUCAACAUGGCACAACAGAUAGCGCCAAUGAAGAUAAGUUGCGCAACUUCGUGGAGUUUAGGACAAUGGAUGAACUUGAGAGCAUGCCAUCACCAAGGCUUUUGUUGACCCAUCUGAAAUAUGAUGAUAUGCCCAAAGACGUUUUCACUAAAGGGUGCAAGAUGUUCUACAUGUACAGAAAUCCAAAGGAUGUGGCAGUAUCAUACCUCUACCACAUGGAGGCAUUCAACUACGCAUAUUGUUUUAAUGGUGGAUGGACUGAAUACUUUGACAUGAUGCUGAACGGACCGCAUGAAUAUGGUCGAUGGAUUGAUUCUGUUCCUGACUGGCUAGAGAAGAUAUCAGGGAACCCAAACAUUUUGGUCAUUAGCUAUGAGGAUUUGAAAAAGGAAUUCAUCGACACAGCCAAGAAAUUAUCCGCACACAUUGGCAAGACUUACAACGAGGAGUUCUAUGAGAAACUAGCAGAGACGUGCAGUAUUGACACAAUGAAGAAAAAUGAUAAGCUAGAUUUCGCAAAAUUGAUAACGGGAAAACCAGCCAUACGAAAAGGCCAAGUUGGAGACUGGAAGAAUUACUUCACAGUGGCUCAGAAUGAACAAUUUAACACCAUCUACGACCCAAUUAUUGACAAACUGAAGUGUAGAGUCCAAUUUGAGUAAAAAGGAUGCUGAAAAUUAAAAUCUUAUAAUCGGAUAUUGAUGAACUUCUCUCUUUGGUAAUUGGAAGUUGUGCAUGAUUAUGUUUUGGCAAAUUCUACAAAUAAUAACAAAGAAAUUAAAAUUGAGGAACGCAAUAUUAACUAUUAUAUGCGUUCCGAAAGACACCACUUGUUUGGAAACACAUGGAUGGAUCAUCUAAUCAAGAUAUUUUAGGAAUGGUAGUCAUGAAGAUGUGAGGACAGUUCUCAUUUAGUACAUUUACCAUUUAUGGCAAAUUGGACAACUUUUUCAGCAGCCAAUUUCGAAAAUGUCCAGUGGUCAUUGAUCAUGAAAAGUAGGACAACGUUAGAAAAAUUGGCCUACAAGGAAUGGUGAUAUUGUAUUUGCAAUGUGGGGACAUUAAAUUACGGCAUUUUGACUAUA